GAUAGUGCAGAGUUCCAAAUUCACGAAGUCAUUCCUGCUCUGCGUUUUUAUUUUCCACUAUUUACGGCUCAGCUUGCUUUAAAUUAAAUUAAAAAGAAAUAGGAGCCGAAGUUUUUUGCCAAGGGAGUAAUAGUAAGUAAUAAAAAGACACUCUAUUACGAGUAGAUUUUGUUUUUCCUAAAUAAAAUAGAAAAUAGUAGGAGAGUAGAUCGGUACAAUGUUGAGGAGUUGACCUCCGUAUAUCAUCUUCUUCUUGGUCAUCAGCAGUAGCGAUAGAAUUGACCGUCUUCCUCCACCUGCUAUUUGUGUUAGAUCUAUCAAUCAUUGUUUUAUAAGUUUUAAAGGAAACAAGGAGGAUUGGAUGAGGAAAGCUUUGUUGAGCUGAGGGCUGGGGAUUGUGAUUGUUUGAUGGGCAAUACAUGCCGUGGAUCUUUCGGAGGCAAAACUUUUGGUCAGCCCCCCCAAGAACAUUCAAAGCGCACCAAUCCGGAUUCUGAUUCUCCCACUCCCACCCCCACCCCCAAAAAACAACAACAACAACCACCUCCUAAUAAUUUACCUCUCAGGAAAGAGAUGAAUCGCACCGCCGCCAACCAGUCCUAUUACGUGCUGGGUCAUAAGACCCCUAACAUUCGCGAUCUCUAUACCCUGGGUCGUAAACUAGGACAAGGCCAGUUUGGCACCACUUACUUAUGCACCGAACUGUCAUCGGGGAUCGAGUACGCCUGCAAAUCUAUUGCCAAGAGAAAACUCAUCUCCAAGGAGGACGUUGAAGAUGUGAGGAGGGAAAUUCAAAUAAUGCACCAUUUGGCAGGUCACAAGAACAUCGUUUCCAUCAAGGGUGCUUAUGAGGAUCCUUUGUAUGUUCAUAUUGUCAUGGAGCUUUGUAGUGGCGGUGAAUUGUUUGACCGCAUCAUUCAAAGAGGUCACUACACCGAGAAAAAUGCUGCAGAAUUGACUAAAAUCAUUGUAGGUGUUGUGGAGGCUUGCCAUUCCCUUGGAGUUAUGCAUAGAGAUCUCAAACCUGAGAAUUUCUUGUUGGUUAACAAGGAUGAUGAUUUCUCUCUCAAGGCCAUUGACUUUGGACUCUCUGUCUUCUUUAAGCCAGGCCAGAUUUUCACGGAUGUGGUCGGGAGUCCAUAUUAUGUUGCUCCUGAGGUGCUUUUGAAGCAUUAUGGUCCUGAAGCAGAUGUUUGGACAGCAGGGGUCAUACUCUACAUCCUGCUUAGUGGUGUUCCACCAUUUUGGGCCGAAACACAACAGGGGAUAUUUGAUGCAGUUCUGAAAGGGCACAUUGAUUUUGAGUCGGACCCUUGGCCCUUAAUAUCUGAGAGUGCAAAAGAUCUCAUCCGGAAGAUGUUAUGCAUGCAGCCUUCAGAGCGGUUAACUGCUCAUGAAGUAUUAUGUCAUCCUUGGAUUUGUGAAAAUGGCGUUGCUCCUGAUAGAGCACUUGAUCCUGCAGUACUUUCUCGCCUUAAACAUUUUUCUGCAAUGAACAAGUUAAAAAAGAUGGCUUUGCGGGUGAUCGCUGAAAGCUUGUCGGAGGAGGAGAUUGCCGGUCUAAAGGAGAUGUUUAAGGCCAUGGAUACUGAUAACAGUGGUGCAAUUACAUUUGAUGAACUAAAAGCUGGUUUGAGAAAAUAUGGCUCUACUCUAAAGGAUAUAGAGAUACGGGAACUUAUGGAUGCGGCUGAUGUGGACAACAGUGGAACUAUAGACUAUGGAGAAUUCAUAGCAGCAACUAUUCACCUUAACAAAUUGGACCGCGAAGAACAUCUCAUGGCAGCAUUUCAGUAUUUUGACAAGGAUGCAAGUGGUUAUAUUACAGUUGAUGAGCUCCAGCAAGCGUGUGCAGAUCAUAACAUUACAGAUGUCUUCUUUGAGGAUAUUAUCAGAGAAGUUGAUCAGGAUAAUGAUGGGCGCAUUGAUUACGGAGAAUUUGUUGCUAUGAUGCAAAAAGGAAAUCCAUGUAUUGGAAGACGAACAAUGCGAAAUAGUCUGAAUUUUAGCAUGAGAGAUGCGCCUGGAGCUCAUUAGCUUUUUGAAUGGACACUUCAGUUAGGUUUUGCAGAAAAUAGAACAAAGGCAACGAAACUGCCAUGAUAACACGUCUCCUACCCAGUUCUGACAGUGGCAUGCCAUGUUCUCAAGUUGGAGUAGAAGAGGAUGACUGAAAGAGCUUGUAGAUUGCUAUCAUCUUAUUGUGUGCCUCAACAAAAUGUUGAAAUCUCCGUAGACAAGUGUGUGGAAUCGUUUCAGCUACUUGAUGUGUUCAAAUUUAUUUAGUGUUCUUUAGUUGAGGCUUCAUGCUUGCUUCAAUUAGAAGGUGGUUUACCUUCAGAUGUAUCCUCCUCAAAUCAGUUCACAUUUCUUAUUUACAUAAUUAUGUAUUUCAUCCAUGAGUUUUGCUCUAUUGCAAGAUUAUCUUCAUUGUCUUUGAGGAAAACAUCCGAUUUGGUGAUAAAUUUUACAUAAGCUAUAUUUGCAGGACA